AUGGCGCCGCGACUCCGCGUUGCAGUCCAAAGACAUGAUCGGAGUUUACGGUCUAUGAGAUUGCACGGCCACCGGUGGAACUGCCGUGAAAAUCUUGCAAAGACGGGCGACGAUGCGACCGAGGCCCGAGCCCGCUUCGAGGCACUGCGGCAGGAGAGGUGCGAUCAGGUGGAACAAGGCAUGCCGCUGUGCACUUUGCCCCUGGAUGUCAGUGUCAAGAACGUGGCGGCACGGGCUGUGGCUUGCAUGCCAUUCGCUUUGACUUCGCGACUGGCGACGUCUUCAAGCCUAACUCCAAGUCGCAGGGGCCUCACUACUGGAUACUUGUUCAAGGAACGAUGA